GAGAAAUCAAAUUAAAGACUCUGCCACAGGAAGAGUAUAGUGUCCAAAUGGCACAUGCAAAUAAUAAGGGUAAAGUUUGUGUCACUGGAGGCACAGGUUUUCUUGGUUCAUGGCUCGUCAAAACACUCCUUGAGGAUGGUUACACUGUUAACACCACUGUUAGAUUUGAUCCAAGUAAUUUAAGAUUUUAUAAAGAGAUCGAACAGAAACAGUUCCAUCGCAACAACAUAUGUGCAGAUGCACCAAUGCUAGUUUUUAUUAGAAAGAAGAGAGACAUAAGCUUCCUCACAAAGCUAUCAAAAGCAUCAGAAAAGCUAAAAGUGUUCAAUGCAGAUUUAAGCAAGCCAGAGAGUUUCAACGAAGCAAUUGAAGGUUGCAUGGGGGUAUUCCACGUGGCAUCACCAAUAGACUUUGCAGUGAAGGAGGCCGAAGAAACAGUGACAAAGAGAAGCAUUGAUGGAGCCUUAGGGAUCCUAAAAGCAUGCAAGAAUUCAAAGACAGUGAAGAGGGUGGUUUACACUUCAAGUGGCUCAGCUGUUUGCUGCAAAGAAGAAUCUGAGGAGGAGGAGGAGGAUGGUUUUGAUGAGAGUAGUUGGAGUGAUGUUGAGUUUCUUAGGAAAUUCAAGCCGUUUUGUUGGUCCUAUGCGGUUUCAAAGACAUUGACGGAGAAAGCUAUGCUUCAGUUUGGAGAAAACAAUGCUUUGGAAGUUGUCUCUUUGAUUGCUCCUCUUAUUGUUGGACCAUUCAUCUCUCCAAAGCUUCCUGAUUCAGUUGAGAAAGGACUUGUUCUGGUGUUAGGUAAGAAGGAUAAAAUUGGGAUUACACGUUUCCACAUGGCGCAUGUUGAUGAUGUAGUUAGAGCACAUAUAUUCUUGCUUGAGCACCCUAACCCUAAAGGGAGAUAUAUUUGCUCACCAUUUUCCAUAGAUAUUCAAGAAAUGGCUAAAAUUCUUUCAGCCAUGUACCCAGAAUUUGAAAUACCAGAAAUUAAGGGGUUCAAGCUUCCACGUCUAAUCUCAAACAAACUCAUGGAUGCUGGAUUUGAGUUCAAGAAUAGCAUUGAGGAUAUGUUUAAGGAUGCAAUUGAAUGCUGCGUGGAUAAGGGAUUUCUUUGA